AUGGAAACAGAGAUCGGGUCUACUCCAUCACAUGAAGUUGAUUCCAAUGUAAUGGAGUCUAGCUCUAGAGUAAGGGAAAAGGUUGAUCCGGCUUGGGAACAUUUUAGCCUUGGGGCGGAUGAGAAGGGACGAAAUACUUUCACAUGUAUGUAUUGUAGGCAAACAUAUAAAGGUGGGGGUAUUAAUAGGAUGAAAAAACACCUUGCAGGGAUAAAAGGUGAUAUUGGAUCAUGUAAAAAGGUUUCUCAUGAUGUGAGAUACCAAAUGUUGGAAUAUGUGAAGGAGUUUGAGUUGAAGAAAAAAGCUGAAAAACAACGACAAGCAGAAAUGUUUAGUGUGCCUUCCACAAAUAGUGAUAUACAAGAAGAUGAAGAUGUUCAAGAGGUGUAUAGUAGUGGGUUGCCUAAAAAACUUGUUUUAGGUAAAAGAAAGGGUACAAAUCCGGUGGAUAAUUAUUUUGCUCCAAGAACUACUCCAGGAGCUCAACCUAGUCUUAAAAGUGUGUUCCAAAGUAAAGAAAGGGUGAGGCAAGCUGAUAUGGCUAUUGCAAGGUUUCUGUAUGAUAAUUGCAUACAUUUUAAUGUAGUCAAUUCAGUGUACUACCAAAAGAUGAUUGAUGCUGUAGCUGCUGCUGGUCCUAGCUACAAAGGUCCAUCUUAUCAUGCUGUACGGGUCCCUUUGUUGAGGGAUCAAAAGAAAGAGGUUCAGUUGUUGGUUGAGUCACAACGUAGGCAUUGGGCAGAAGUUGGAUGUUCACUUAUGGCUGAUGGUUGGACGGAUACUAGACAUAGGUCAUUGAUUAAUUUCCUUGUUUAUUGUCCUAGGGGAAUGGUAUUUGUAAAAUCAGUUGAUGCCUCAGAUAUUGUGAAGAGUACUAGAAACUUAUAUAAACUGUUUGAUGAAGUAGUUACAUGGGUUGGUCCAAAAAACAUAGUUCACAUGGUUACCGACAAUGCUUCCAAUUAUGUAUCUGCUGGUAAAUUGUUGUGUGAAAAGUAUAAGACCAUUAGUUGGUCUCCUUGCGUAGCACAUUGCCUGAAUCUUGUGUUGUAG